GUCAUUUUGUUCCGCGAAGCUGUGUCUGUGUUGGUUCGCCGACAAAACAUCUGUUUUUGUUAAAUAAAGUUUUUCAACAAAUUUUACACGAACUAGCCACAUUCUCGUGUAAAAGUAAUUAGCUAACUUGGUCCCGUUUGUAACAAGCCAAAGUUCCUUGGAUUGAAGUAACGUUGCGUGCAGAAAUUGUAAUUAGCCGGACACUAGAGGAAAACCAUCUACUGCCAGAUUGCACGAGAAAGUUGGAGAACAGUCUAGAACGCUCACAGGAACUUAAUAAAAAGGCAACCAGAAUUGCGAUUGCAAGUGAUUCAUACAGAAGAAAGUGAACGAGCAAGAGGUAAUCGUAGAAGGUAUCAAGUGAAGUUCAGAAAGUUCAUACAUAACAGCAACAGCGCAAUAAUGGUUGCAGCGGAGACACAAGCGAUGGCCGAAGUGGACGAGGCAACCGCGUUCAAAGAGCGUGGCAAUGCGGAAUUCAAGAUCGACUGUUGGGAGGCCGCGAUCAAGUGGUACACGAAGGCGAUCCACGCCGGCGAGAAGCAUAAGGAUUUGCCAGUGUUUUACAAAAACCGGGCGGCCGCCUACCUGAAGCUGGAGCAGUACGAGGAAGCCCACAAAGACUGCACGCAGUCGCUGGAGAUCUGUCCGAACGAUCCGAAAGCACUGUUCCGUCGGUUCCAGGCGUUCGAGGCGCUGGAGCGGUUCGAGGAGGCGUACAAAGACCUGCGCACGAUCCACACGAACGACCCGAACAACAAAACGAUCAAGCCCCAUCUGGAGCGGCUGCACGCGAUCGUGCAGGAGCGUGCCCGGGAGCGGGCCCAGACCUCAAACAAGGUGACGAAAAUGUUCGAGAUUGCGUUCGACAUCGGUGCGCCAAAGGACAAGCGCGAGCAGGCGAUGAGCAAUAUCGUGGUGCUGGCGCGCGAGCCGGCCGGGGUGGAGGUGAUGAUGAAGGAGGGCCUGGUGACGCGCAUCGGCAAGCUGCUGAAGGUGGAGAAGAACAACGAAAUCAUCACGAACGCGAUCCGCGCGAUCGACGGCGUGUGCCUGAGGAGCGCAGAGCGCACGAAGCAAGUCAUCAACGAGCUAGGCAUACCGUGGUUCCUGCAGAUUCUCGACUGCAGCGUGGAGGAGCGGGUGGCCGCCUCCCAGCAUUGCAUGCAAACCGUGCUGAACUCGAUCUCGGGCAUGGAAAACAAGGAAGAGUCGAAACCGAUCGAUGCGCUGGUGAAGGAAAACCAGCAGAUCAUCGAAACGCUGCUCACCUGCCUGCUGUACUCGGUGACGGAUCGCACGAUCACGGGCAUGGCACGCGACUCGAUCAUGGAGCUGCUGAUUCGCAACGUCCACUGGAAGACGCUGAACUGGGCGGAGCGGCUGGUCGAGCUGAAGGGUUUGAUGCGGCUGAUGGACGUCUGCUCGGAGCUGGAGGAGUACAAGUACGAGAGCGCGAUGAACAUUACGCCAUCGUCGCGCACGAUUGCGACCGUUUGCCUGUCGCGCAUCUACGAAAACAUGUACUACGAUCAGGCCCGCGAACGGUUCACCGAGCAGAUUGCGGACUUUGUGAAGGACAAGCUGCUAACGCCCGACCACGAGUCGAAGGUGCGCGUAACGGUGGCCAUCACGUCGCUGCUGCUCGGUCCGCUGGACGUGGGCAAUACGAUCGUAUCGCGGGAAGGUGUGCUGCAGAUGAUCCUCGUCAUGGCGCAAUCCGACAACCUGCUCGAGCAGAAGGUUGCCUGCGAGUGUUUGAUCGCUGCUGCCUCGAAGAAGGACAAAGCGAAGGGUUUGGUGCAAUCGGGAGCGGAAAUAUUGAAGAAGCUGUACGCCUCCAAGAACGAGGAAAUUCGCGUCCGCGCUCUGGUCGGUCUGUGCAAGAUAGGCAGCUCGGGCGGUUUGGACGCCUCGAUUCGUCCGUUUGCCGACGGAUCGACGAAGAAGCUGGCCGAAGCGUGCCGUCGCUUCCUGGUGAAGCCGGGCAAGGAUAAGGACAUCCGCAAGUUUGCCGCCGAAGGUCUCGCCUACCUGACGCUCGAUGCCGAGGUGAAGGAGAAGCUGGUGGAGGAUCGUCCCGCCAUCCAGGGGCUGAUUGAGCUCGCCAAGACGGGCGACCAGUCGGCCCUGUACGGCGUGGUAACGACGCUGGUGAAUCUGGUGAACGCGUACGACAAGCAGGAGCUGGUGCCGGAGCUGGUUGAGCUGGCAAAGUUCGCCAAACAUCACAUCCCCGAGGAGCACGAACUGGACGAUCCCGAUUUUGUGAGCGCCCGUAUCGUUAUACUGGCCAACGAGGGCGUUACGUCCGGUCUGGUGGCGCUGUGCAAAACGGAAAGCGACAAUUCGAAGGAAAUGAUUGCCCGCGUGUUCAACGCACUGUGCAGCGAGCAGGAGGCACGCGGCAAGGUGGUGCAGCAGGGCGGCGCCAAGGUGCUGCUUCCGCUGUCGCUGAACGGCACGGCCAACGGGAAGCGUCAUGCGGCGCAGGCACUGUCCCGCAUCGGCAUCACCAUCAAUCCGGAGGUCGCGUUCCCGGGCCAGCGCAAUCUGGAGGUGAUCCGGCCGCUGAUGAACCAGCUCCAUCCGGACUACACGUCGCUGGAAAACUUCGAAGCUCUGAUGGCACUGUGCAAUCUGGCCUCGAUGAACGAAUCCACCCGGCAGCGCAUCCUGAAGGAGCAGGGCAUGGUGAAGUUCGAAUCGUACAUGGGCGAAGACCACAUGAUGCUGCGUCGAGCCGCCACCCAGGUAAUGUGCAACAUGGUCCAGUCGCCGGACGCGGUGAAGCUGUGCGAAAAGGAGAACGAUCGGGUAAAGAUGCUGGCGCUGCUGUGCGAGGAAGAGGACGAGGAUACGGCGCUGGCGGCAUCGGGUGCACUCGCCUAUCUGACCUCCGUGUCGGAGCGGUGCUGCGAGAAGAUGUUCGAACCAAUCGCGUGGCUGGACGUGUUCCACACGUUGGUGGCGAACCCGAGCGCCGGUGUGCAGCAUCGCGGCACGGUGAUCAUUCGCAACAUCAUCAAGACUAACAAGCAGCUGGCGUCGAAGCUGUUCGACACCGAUCUGCUGCAGAUGCUGUACGGUGUUACGCAGCUGAACGACGAGAAGCGCGCGAAGGCGAUCGAGUGUGCCCAGGAGUGCUUGAAGCUGGCGGAAGAGUACCGGCUGAUCCAGGAGAAUGCCGACGCGGAUAUGGCCCCGGACGUGUUCAAGCAGCAGGAAUCGGCGUCGAUCGAGGAGAUCGAUAACUGAGUCGGUCUCCGUAGCAGAAGACCAGCAACAAGUGCAUUACAAGGAUUUUAAAGUUACAUUCAUAGUUUACCGUACGAUAGUUGCGUUUCGUUUUCCGAGCCAUGCGGGAAAUAUGUACCGUUUAAUCAACAUGCUCUCGUGACGAGGGUGAACCGCCGUACUUAAUUGACAAAGAAGAGCGAAGAUGAGGAGCUUUUUCGAUCGCGUUGGUAGAGGUUAAGACAAUUUUUGAUGUUUUCUUUUGUCAGAUAUUUAUAAUAAAGUAAUUGUGAAUGAUUUUUCGAUA